AUGAUAAGAUGUAAAGCGGCGCAAACAGAAACGAUGCUUCUGCUGCUAAAAUCGGAUAGUCAUCCAGUUUUGGCGGCUGCUGCUCUGGAUGAAGCUGUUGAUCAUUUUGGGCAACAAAUGAUUUAUCUGCUGCUCUCACCACAUGCCGACAUCCAGCUCGAUUUCUUGGAUCGUGUACGCAUCAAUACCAUAAAGCAUUUCCAGGUCUUCUUCCCGUUACCCUUUGUGCAGUACCAUCCGCAAAUCAUAAGUGCGAGUGAAGCACUGCAAGCUGCAAUGAAAGGUGCUAGUGUGAACAAUCAGGCAGCACGGGAGAUGGGCGAAGUGGAUCGGGAUGCUCGAGCAGCACCGAAGACAUUUGCCGAUGGUUCCGAGAUGUUUAUGAGCAAAUUUCGCGAUGCCACGUUCAAAAGAAACAUCAGACCACUGGUCGUUCACAAAGACAAAGGUCAUUUUGAUUCCUCGGAUUUCUCGGUAUUUUCACUGUAUGGAGCGGAUUACAUUCGUGCACGCUCACGUCUCGACAACAAAUCGGUGCUGCUGGAUCUUUCAUCACUGUUUCUUGGACAACAGGAAGUGCAUAUGAUGCGUGCUGUCGAGCCAACACUGCGUUUGCGAUACUACACUCGAAUCUGUGAUCCAGAGCUGGUCGAUUCGGAUUAUGCUCGUUGCCUGCUCAGCCGACGUGAAGGCAUUGCCUCGAAAGCACAGCUAGCGAAUCUGUUAUUCAGCCGAAGGAUGGAGGACGCUGCUGCUCCGGCUUAG